AUGCGGCUUGAUGGCGAGAGAAUCCCGCUACUACAAGUGCCUGAGUAUCCGUUGCAAACGCGUCGUUUGUUUAUGAUCAUCAAUCCACCUUCGACCUGGAUCCUUAGCUGCGCUCAACCUGCGCCUCCCGCCUUUAAUCUCAAGCUUGAAUCCCCCAAGACGCGCCCGAAUUUUUCGUCAGCGAAGAAACGUUUGGAGCUUGCAACGAACCCCCAUGUGCUGUCGGAGCAUCAUCAACACGAGCGGAGCGAGACUCUUAGCUUAAUCCCGCCCGGCCUUCGUCCUCAAACAAAGACCCUCGAUCGCCCCAGCGCAUCCACCCUAGAGUUUGACUGCGAGGAAGAGCUGGCGACUGUCGCAACACCCAGUAUGGCGGCGCCGGUGCCGCCAGCGAUCGAUGACCCGGAUAAGCUGGACCCUCCUGCCGAUCAAGCAGACAGUGACAUAGACGCCGAGGGAGAGGAAGAAACAGAUCUAUACGAUAUGGACCAGCAAUUACAGCACGCAGUUCAUCAAGCAUUCUCGGGCGAAGUCGCGGAGGAAAACGUUGAUGCGGUAGUACAUGGUGAAAUACCGAGCCCCAGGAAUCGCUACGGACAGCAAAAUGGCGGGGACAAUGAUGAAACGGAACCAGUCGGCGCGGUGAAGCUUCCCAAUCUCGAAACGGAUGAGCAUGAUUCGGAAGGUGGCUCAGAGAACGGCGAUGUUGAAUCUGAGACUGCGGAUGGCGAGGUCGAUCCUGCAUUUGAGGAAGAAAAUCGACGCGCAGCCUCACAAUUAAGCGAGUCCGAGUCAGGAGCCGACGAUGACUGGGAAGGGGAAAGCAACGGCCAUGAAGACGUCGAGAUUGAGAAUCCCAAUGCAGCUCUUUGCAUCUUUUGCACACAAGACGAGGAACACGAUCCAAGUGAGGAUUUCGAGGAAUGGUUUACUUGUGCAGUUUGCGGAGAUCAUUCUCAUCGACAAUGUGCUCGGGAACAGGAAGCUCAUAAUGAACUUGAAGGGUCUUGGAGAUGUCCUUCAUGCGUCCAGAAUAAUCUCCAACCUGACAACUCAGAAUCACCAACAACUUCCAAGCCCAAAAUGACUCACCUAGCGAAGGAGCUACUUCCUGCCCACUCAGGGAAUGAAGAGGAGGGUUUCCAUUCGAUAUUUGACAACAACAUCAGUGACGAGCUCUUGAACAGCUCACGGUCACUUCGGAAGAGGAAAGCCUCAUCGAUCGAGGCGGAAGAGCACAUCCCAAUUCUAAGAAAGCGGCGACGACACAAUGACCUUUCUGAUUUCCCACCCCCUGCAGAUGGUGUUGGGGAUGAGAAAGUCCACGAUUCGGGAUCUCCUGCUCGGCAUAUGCGGCCCCGUCGAACGCGCGCUGUCGAUCGCGAGCAUUGUCGAGUGGUGACAAAACAAUCAGGCAAAUUGAUUCUGAGCUUUCGUCUGGACGAGAGUAAAAUGACCAAGAUCUUGAGUGGUCAAAGCCGACCCUCGCGCAAGAAGAGGAAACAGCCGCAGCUGCCAGCAGUGCCGCAAGAAGUGCAAGCCCAUUUUGCGCCAAUUCCACCACCACCUUACAACAAUUACUACCAACCCUUCCAUGAUCGCGAGAUUGACGAAUUGAAAUCAAAGCCUUACGGUGGUAUCCUGACCGAACCGGAGGCUGACACAUCCAAAACUUUGCCUUUGCAGGCGGACCGAGAGAAGUUUGAGCAGGCUCGUCAACGUGCAGAAGAGGAGUGGCAGCGAAGAGUCCAAGAAGAGGAAGCCAAGGGGGAAACGACGCCUACAGCUUCACAGAAAGUCUCCGGGCCCCCAUCGAAAAUCAAAUACAUCAAUUUUGGUGGAUAUGAGAUAGAGACAUGGUAUGCGGCUCCUUACCCAGAAGAGUACAGCCGCAACCGAGUACUCUACAUCUGCGAGUUCUGUUUAAAGUACAUGAAUUCGGACUAUGUUGCAUGGCGGCACAAGCUCAAAUGUCCCGCAAAGCACCCGCCCGGCGACGAGAUUUAUCGGGAUGGCUCAGUUUCGAUCUUUGAGGUGGACGGCCGCAAAAACCCGGUUUACUGUCAAAACCUUUGCCUGCUGGCCAAAUUAUUCCUUGGCUCCAAGACGUUGUACUACGAUGUCGAACCAUUCUUGUUCUACGUUAUGACCGAGUGCGAUGACCUGGGCUGUCAUUUUGUUGGAUACUUCAGCAAGGAAAAGCGACCCAGCUCCGCUAAUAAUGUUUCUUGCAUUCUUACCCUUCCUAUUCAUCAGCGCAAAGGCUACGGCAACCUACUCAUCGAUUUUUCCUACCUUCUCACACGCAUCGAAGGUAAAAGCGGAUCCCCUGAAAAACCGCUGUCGGACAUGGGUCUGGUAUCUUAUCGCAACUAUUGGCGUUUGAUUUUGUCUUAUCAACUUCGCGACCUUAAAAUGCCAGUCAGCAUUGCGGACCUUUCUGACCGCACUGGCAUGACUGCGGACGACCUUGUAUCUGCCUUGGAGGGACUACGUGCUUUGGUGCGAGACCCGGUGACCAAACUGUACGCUCUCCGUCUCGACAAGGAUUACUAUGAAGAAGUCAUCGCCAAGUGGGAAAGCAAAGGCUAUGUUCAACUGAAUCCCGAGGCACUUACUUGGACACCGUAUGUCAUGGGCCGCAACAACCAGUCUCAUUUCGAUAGAGCGCCACUACAUGCGGUCGCACCUCGCGAUGACCAUGAAGACGAAGACGAGGAGGAACUGGGAACGGGGGGCGUCGCAGAUGAAAACGCGAUACCGGGUGGGAAAGAUACCGAUGUUCUUGGGGCUAUCCCCGGGCCCCCUUCAACCGCUAUGCUUUUACAAACAAAUGGCACCCACCAACACGAACCAGAUUGUGAACCACCAGAGCCUGCAUCACCUCCCGACCCAGCAGCCGGCAUUCCACCUUCUCGCUUCGAGAUUUGGCCUCCCAUCCAUGUUCCUGCAGCGUCGAGGAGAAAGCUCGGUCGUCCAUAUGGCAGCCUGAGAGGGACCAUCUCUCGUACACCUCAGGCAACAAGAACAAGUGGUCGCAAUACACCGCGCCGUGCUUCAGCGUUACCUGGAUUAGUGCCCAAUACGAGUACCCCAACUACUCGUCGAGGUCGGAGCGCUAUGGCACUGGGAUCUCCAGCGCCAGAUGCCACGCCAGUCCAGGCUAAUGGUCAUAGUAGAGGCGAAGAUGAGGAAGAUCGUAUUGAGGAAGACGGACCACAUGAUCCAAGUCUGGAAGAGCUUGGCCUGGUGGUGGAUGACAGUCGAUCGUUCGACGAUGUCGGGUCAACCCAGAUAGCGCAGGUUCAGGCGACUGACGGCAGCGGCGAAGUACAAGAUGAGCUUCCUAUUGAGUCUAAAAUCAAUGGUACCGAGCACAUCGUUUCCGAGUCCAGCAAGGGUCGGGAUAACGAAGCCGCGAUCCAACAACCUCCAGGUUCCCCCCAAACGCCAGAGAAAAAAAGGUCAUCGAAGUCCAAGUCGCCACAAUCGUCCCCCCAAAAGUCGGAGGACAAGAAAUCUGCGUCGCCUGUCAAGUCUCCUCAAACUGUCAGUCGAAAGACGCUGAUUGAAAAGGUCGAAGUGGUGGUUUCAGCCGAGCCCGAACCUGCUGCACGCCGCAACAGCAAGAUCAGUUCGGCUGACACCGCACGCGAUGUGGAUUCAGAUGUCGAUGCCGAAGGCGAGGACGAUGACCUGGACGGUGAAUACGAAAUGGACGGUGAUGUAGUGAUGGGCCAAUGA